AAUGCAAAAAAUAAAAGGGAACCCAGAAGCAGGGACUAGGGGAACAAAAGGUGUAAAUAGAAAGCGAAAGCUCUUGGUCUCUCUCUCUCUCUCUAUUCCUCUCAUCUAUUUUACUAAAUGAAUGAAUGAAUUAUUAACUAGGACAUAAAUACAAGGAAUCACGCCUCCGCCGGGACCAGCAGACAGCUCCAAGUCUUUGAUAUUCGUUUUAGCCCAAUGAUACAUAUGUAUACUUAUCCAUGUACAUAUUUUCCUUGGUAGGACUAGAAGUAGGACCAGCAAGGCUUUUUUGAAUAACAUUUUUUACCAAUACUUCGGAAGCUUCUACACAAGGCCACCAAGAUUGCGCUGCUGCUGCCGCCGCUGUUACCACAACUCAUUGCCGGUCCGAAGAUGGCAACUUUAACGAACGGACAGGUGGAUGGCACAAACGGGCUGGUGAACGGAUUAAGCCACAGUCCAGCGGGCUGCGGGGGCACCAUCCCUAUGAAGGACCACGACGCUAUCAAACUGUUCAUCGGGCAGAUACCACGCAACCUGGACGAGAAGGACCUCCGACCGCUCUUUGAGGAGUUCGGCAAGAUCUACGAGCUCACCGUGCUCAAGGACCGCUUUACGGGCAUGCACAAAGGCUGUGCCUUCCUUACCUACUGUGCCAGAGAGUCGGCCCUGAAAGCUCAGAAUGCACUUCAUGAGCAGAAGACCCUGCCAGGGAUGAACAGGCCUAUCCAGGUGAAGCCUGCGGACAGCGAGAGUCGAGGAGAAGACAGAAAACUAUUUGUGGGAAUGCUCAACAAGCAGCAGUCCGAAGAUGAUGUGCGACGUCUCUUUGAGUCGUUCGGCAGCAUUGAGGAGUGCACCAUCCUUAGAGGUCCUGAUGGAAACAGCAAAGGUUGUGCGUUCGUAAAGUAUUCCUCUCACGCUGAAGCUCAGGCAGCUAUCAGUGCGCUACACGGCAGCCAGACAAUGCCUGUGAGUUCAGUAUUCAAUAUGGGUGCGUCCUCAAGUCUGGUGGUGAAGUUUGCCGACACGGAUAAGGAGCGCACCAUCCGGCGCAUGCAGCAGAUGGCUGGUCAGAUGGGCAUCUUCAACCCCAUGGCCCUGCAGUUUGGGGCCUACGGGGCCUACGCACAGGUGCAGCAGCAGCAGGCAGCGUUGAUGGCGUCAGUAGGGCAGGGGGGCUACCUCAGCCCUAUGGCAGCCUUCGCCGCCGCACAGAUGCAGCACAUGGCCACCAUCAACGGACUCCCAGGAGGGCACAUGAGCCCCACCUCAGGUGGCAGUACCCCCCCUGGUAUCGGCGGCCCCACGGUGACCAGUAUCCCCUCGCCCAUCAGUGUGAAUGGUUUCAAUGGAAUGCCGCCCCCUCAGGCUAACGGGCAGCCCCCUGCCGAAGCUGUGUACACCAACGGGAUACACCCCUAUCCUGUGUUGCAGGAGGUGGUUUUUAGAGAGGACUCUGAAAAAAACAGCUUGGCUCAUCGGAGUUGUUUUGGGGUUCAGGGUGGCUGCUUCCUCUCUUCUCUCUCUGAAGCUCAGAGUCCCACUGCAGCAGACCACUUACAGCAGGCUUACACAGGAGUCCAGCAGUAUGCAGGUCUGUCAGUUUCACAUGCAGCCUACCCUGCUGCAUAUGGCCAGAUCAGCCAGGCCUUUCCCCAGCCUCCUCCCAUCAUCCCACAACAACAGAGAGAAGGGCCGGAGGGCUGUAACCUGUUCAUCUACCACCUCCCUCAGGAGUUUGGGGAUGGCGAGCUGAUGCAGAUGUUCCUGCCUUUCGGUAAUGUCAUCUCCUCCAAAGUGUUUGUGGAUCGGGCGACAAACCAAAGUAAAUGCUUUGGGUUUGUGAGCUUCGAUAACCCAGGUAGUGCCCAUGCUGCCAUCCAGUCAAUGAACGGCUUUCAGAUCGGCAUGAAGAGACUCAAGGUGCAGCUCAAGAGGCCGAAGGACGCCAACCGCCCCUACUAGCCCCUCCCCCUAUCAGCCACCCCUGCCCUGAGGGAUAUGGCAGUCACUGCACACAGGGCAACACAGGUUUUUAUUGAGCUGGAACACAUGUUGAUUAAAUGAACAACGUCAUUGAACUGAAAGACCACAGGAAUUAUUUGAGGCUGGUAUGAAACUGGAUCAUAUACUGGGCUGAACAUGAACAAAUUAAAUGACCAAGUAAUGGACACCUCUGUUGGAUGUACCUUUUGGACCUCAGAGAGAACUCAUGCAAGCCUGGGUAGCUCCAGGACGCUUACUCUCUUUAUCGCCUCCCCUCCUCUCUUUCUCUCUCCCUAAACCUGCCUGAAUGACAGCUACCUUACAGGACCACAAGGGAAGUAUUAUAAAAGAAGAAGAAAAAGAAAAAAACACGGAACAGAGAUGGAGGAAGUAUGGAUGCCAAGAGUUCCAAGAACUAAACAAACUUUUAAAAAAUACUUUAUGGGGGGAAUGCCAUAGGAGACAUCUAUGUAAAGUUGUUGGGUAUGGGGAAAUAACUUUUUAAAGAACACUUUUACAGGACUAGGAGGAGAGAACUUUGUAGGGAAUGCGAUAUUUCAUGACCCAAACUCACUUUGAUUCGGGAUGGCCAUCUUUAGCUUGGAGUGCCUGUCGGUUUCCAGGGGAUACCGUUGCCAAGGAGAGCCAUAGCAACGGUCUCCAGGGAGUCUUACCUGUCAUUCCUUAGUUGUUUUAGGGACCAAAAGACCAAACAUUUUUAUUGCUGAGGACUUGUAGCUCUAUUAAUAUACUCGGACCACUGCAUCUCUUUUAAUCUUUGUUAAUCGAUUAAAGAGUUGCAUUUAAAAGAUGUGUACAUUUAGAAUAUAUAUACAAUAUAUGUAUAUAUACAUAUAUAUUGCUGUUAUGCUUUUUGAAUACAGGCAACACUAUUUCAGAUGACCAAUGGGGGUCGCUCACUUCGCUAGUUUACAAUUAACUAUUCAAAAUGUUUAUUUUUUUCCCCCUUCUCAUUUUCUCUUGGGGGAUGGGAUGGAGUGUGCAUGGGAAGGGUUGUUCCAUACUGCAGCCUUACCUUUUCUAACUUGACAUCCUAACCUCAUAGUUAAAAGAACAUCAAAAAUGUUUGAAAUACAUGAACUUGUUUAUAUUUGCAGUACAUAUAUAUGUAUAUGUAUAACACGCAUUCAAGCUAAUGUAUUCAUAUAUAUACAUAUAUACAGUAUAUAUGGAUAAAUAGAUAUUAAUCAAACCAAUAUAUGUAUUUACAGUAUAUGCACAUAUUUUAUGUGUGUCUGUAUAGAGAACAGCUAUCGACUAUGAUGAGCUGUCAUUUUUUUGUAGAUUUUAGCUGGAGUUUGAAAAACUGCUCUGCUUGGGAAGAGGCGCAAAUCUGGCAGCUCCCAGAACUGCAGGCAUUCCUCUCUCUAAUAAACUAUAUAUGCUGAUACACACAUAUUCCUGAAUAUAUGUGUGAAGAUUCACAUACACUGUAUGUACGUGUACAUACCAUUUUAAAAAAUGCAAAAAAAAGCCACUUCUCAGUAGCAGGCUUAAAGAGAAAUCAGGCUAAAUUAAUUUUAGAGGUAGGACAAAGAUCUUUGACUUGAUUCCAAACAUAACUUUUCAGCUUCAAAGUACACUCUACACAAACUUAACACGUAAAAACAACAUUCUCUUUGACAUUUGAACCAAAAUGGAUGAAUACCGUGACCUUUUCUCUCUCUUAAUUGCAUUCAGUAAGUAAGUGCAUGUAGCGUAUGGGCUGUCAACACAAGGUGUGCCUUGUCACCUGCAGAAUCUGCCAUCAAGCACUGUGCUUUCAAAACAUUACUGCAAGCAGCCAACGCGCUACGAUGAUGUCAAAACUGCAGUCGCAUUUCAUCAUGUCGUUUCACAUCUCCAUAGAGCUUUAGCAGUAAAGCAUGUCAAAGCUAACGAAUCGUUCAGAUGAUUCACCGUGGUCCUCUCACACAUGGAAAUUAGCAUCAAGUACUCUGACAGUCACAGACUCAUUGUGAUGUGUAUUUGUCAUUACAUUUUAAAUCAAAGUGGGUAUUAUAUAUUCUGCUAGUACAGGUACGAACUAAAGGGAGCACUUGGAAAUGCUGUGCAAGUAUAAGAACCCUUGAGGCUUGGUUCCACUGGGUUUGGUCUGACAUUGCGUAUUGUAUGGUUAUAACUUAUAGGAGAAAUUUCAUGUUAACACAUUGCAGACCUAGGAAGUGGUUUGUCUACUAAACACAAAGGAACCAGGAAGUGUUUUGUAAUGUAUACAGCCAGCGCCAAUUCAGCUAUUGUUGUAUGGAGCUCUCUCUAACUGUUCCUCACCAGACCAUUCCCUAGUGCCUGCGUCCAACCUUUACUAACAGACAGGGAUGUAAUGUUAAAUAAAAGGUGGGUAAACACUGAACACCGGUCUAAACCGCCAGGCUGUUCCCAACGGCAAUGCUAACAGUGCUAAUUUAGCGAACUAGGUGCAUAACUGCUAUGCUAUAGAAAUAGAAUGACUAGAACAUACAUCCCCAUUCAAGUCAAUGUUGGCAUAAUGGGUGGACUGGCGGCUAUGGCGAGUAUACCCAUAGGUGCAAAGCCAGGUUGAAGAUGACAAACGUUAACCUCUAUGGGAUUCUAAAAAAAACAUAACUGUUUGCAACAAUGGGACCAGCUAUACCAGUUAGCAAUGGCACUGGUAGUUAGCAACGGCGCUGGUAGUUAGCAACGGCGCUGGUAAUUAGCAACGGCGCUGGUAAUUAGCAACGGCGCUGGUAGUUAGCAACGGCGCUGGUAGUUAGCAACGGCGCUGGUAGUUAGCAACGGCGCUGGUCCCAGAUGUGACAUCGUGGUCUUAACCUGUAUAUUUUAGACGUAGGAGCAAAGCCGGAAGUAAAAUAUGUGAUAAAAUGUGUGACUUGUUGAUUUAACUCAACUGAAAUACAUUCCAUUGCAUGAGCCACAUCAGUUAACAUCAUUUGAAUUAACAUUCUACAUUACUAUGGAAAUGAUUGCAUCCCAAUACCAGCCAGCCAUUGUGAAUGUACCCAUGAGUUUACCAGUCAAAUUGCUAGGGUUAGAGGUUCCGAGACCGUUCUAUUCAAUCUAUUUCUAUGUGCUAUGCAUCAUAUCAAAACUGUGUUUACCUGGAUUUAGCCUCAAUUGCAUCCCUGCUACAAGGUCUGUGUCUCACCCAGUCUACCGCAAUGCAAACAGGCCUAAAGAUGUCAUUAACACUCCUUUACACCCCCUUCUUUCUCUGGGUUUGUCAAGGAAAGUUCUGAAAUGACUCUCCCCAUUAUUUAUCAAAGGUCCACCCUAUCUUGAGAUCGGUUUCUUGUUGCACAAAUUUCCCAUUGACAUCAACCAAUUUAUGAUUUACUUGAAAUUCAAAGUUAUGCGUAAGUUCGGAUUCGGCUUCUAAGUCACGUCAAUGUGUCUCCCCAAACCAGUAAAUGUAAUGUAAAAAUCUAGAUUUCUGCCUAAAUAGACAUAUCCAAAAGUAAUUAUUUAUCAAGAGAGGGCCAUGAACAAUACAUAGUAAUGCUUAUUCUUUUACCCUUUCCGGGUAAAAGUAGUUUUAAAUUGCUGAGGUGUUGUCACUCUUGAGGACACAAGCUCAAGUACACAGUACAAAUAUGAUAGAAAUAUAAAAAAAAUCAUACAGAAUGUGUCCUAUUCAAUAAAAGUGGGAGAAUAGGGCAUGCCAUACUUUCUAAAUAUGGUAGCAAUCAAAUAAUAAACAACUUAAUAUAAUAAUUCACCUGUCUUAUAGCUGAUCAUACUUCGUGACUACAAAACUGGCACCAUUUCAAAUAAAUGACAACAAUUUUCUGCCCAGUGUUCUCUGAACGACUCAGAGACUCCAUUGAAAUGCCUGUUAACUCGUUACAACUUCAGCUUUAAGCACAAAGAUGCACAACGUGCUGUGACCCAAGACAAAGUGGUCUUGUUUCAAUUCUACAAAAUUAUUUUGUAUUUGUUCAUGUUGAGAGCUCUUAAAUCCGAGAAUACCACAGCGAGGUGAUUAUGCUUUUGCUGUAAAUCGCGAGGCUCCCCUGUUUCAUAUACCAUAUUGUAAGUGGAGCUGAGAGUUUCACAGCCAGAGGAAAUCGACCCUUUGUUUGGAUAGGCCAGAAAAUGUGACGUGUCACUCCCUAUGCAAAUCAGGUGUCAGAUUUUACAUACUGCAUCUCAGAUGAGAGCAGAGAGCAGUAUGUGAAGCGGGACAACCAGAGCUUUCACGGAGUGCACAGCAUUUGAUGUUGCGCCAUCCACAAGGCUCUCUGUAUACAAAAAUGGCGGUUGGAACAGGUUCAGAACUGCUCAAAGUCCCCUUAACUUCUCCCAAUGCCACCUUUCACUCAGCUCACACUCUCAGUCACACUUUCCCAAUGAAAUUCAUCCCUCAGUCUCCAUUUUGUUCUGUGUUUAGGUUUAUUUCCCUGCUUGCGCCCCUCUCUCUGCCUACUUUAACCCGCAUUCCAAGGCCUGAGAGUACUGGAUUGGUGUCAGCAAUAUGGUGGAAACUCCCUUAGCCUUUCAAAUAGGCUAUAGAGCUAUUAGUGAAUUUCUUACACCUUUCCCAAUGCUUUCCAAUUGAGUGAAUGAAGGCAGAGGGAGAGGAAUGACUGGAAUUGAGCAUCUAUUUCACAUGCUAACUUUCAGCUGCAACUGUUUACAUACAAAUUGAGAAAAAAAAAAACAUAGUAGUUCAAAAACAAUGAGAAACAGAGCAGAAGUUUGAAUAUAAAUAUAUAUAAAUAUAUACAUAAACCAAUGAAUAUACUGUAAAUGUUUUUGUUGCUCUGUUUUCCUCUGUACAUAGGUUUGCAUAUUUUAUAGGACUUUUACUUCUAUCUACAAGGACUGAAUAAAACAAAACUUUAAUUACUUCAAAAAGAUGAACGAAAACAUAUAAUAAUCAAUGAAACCAGGUUUAAAAUAAAAUAAAAUUUAAAAAAAGAGUCCAUAGGAAUAUGGUACAACUGUAUGACCUGACCUAGGCAUUUAACCAGAAAACAGUCAGGGAGAGCAUUGAACUCAAUUAGAGCAUAGACAUGCAUUGGCCUUUUUAUACAAGUGUUUUGGGUUUCUUUCUUUCAUUUAUUUAUGUAUUUAUUUAUUUAUUCUGUUUACAAAUGAUAUGCAUGAUUUCAUGGCAUUAUUUUUCUAUGAGUUGGUAUGUGACCAAAUAGUUUUUUAUAUUCAUGUAUAGGCCUACAUUGUGGUACAUUGUUGACCACUUAUUGUCUACAGGAUCACAACUUGCAACAGUUCUUUGAGAAAUGGAGAUUAUGCUCAUAUUUGCCAAGUUUGUUUUGUUACGUUUUCUCAGAGGUUUAUCUGUUGUUCUUUUUUCCAUUUGUGAUUGUUUUAUUCAAUAUCAGAGCUCUACUGUUCUUUUAAAGCGUUAUGCUGCUGUUUUCUGAACUGUUUUACAUUUCACUUCCCCGCUCUUCAUAUUUAAAUGCACCUCAACUGUUCAAUCUAUCUAGAUGAUUAAAGCUACAAAGUGCAUUCAAAUUGCAGUAUUUUUUGUGAACUUCUACAUACAAGUUCCAAAUUCAGCUAAAUGUGGCAGCGUAUAGGUUGCAAUGACAUGGUAAUUUCAUGUUUCAAAAUUAAAAUACAUAUGAAACCUUUCCAGAAUAAAAUAAAAACCUUGUUGUGAUUGUGUUCAACAAUUUGAAUGCACCUUCGCUGUUUUGUCAUUCUGUUUCAUAACUGCUCUGUUGUUGACCAUCUAAGCUCUUGGAAACAUGGGAUAAACAUUAGGUUAAUAUUUACCACUUCUCCUUAGGACAAGGUUGUUAAAAUAUGUCUAUCCAUGAGAGGAAUUCCCUCUCUUGCUAAACAUUGCUGCUAAUGUAGGACUUGAAACCAUAAUUAGCUGAUUAGUGAUAAUUACUGCUUAGAAAUUCCACAUACAAUGUGUCCCUUAUUCUGAAGUGUUAAGAGUUCUGUAUUAAUCAGAGAAAUGUUGUUUAUUUUGUCUCAAUUAUCAUGUUUUUUGUAACAUCCUAUAGAGCUCUGAUGUUGUACAAGUGUUCAGUUCUAUCAAGGGUAAAAUACCUAUCAAAAACUGCACUAUUUCAUCAAAUAUUCAGUUACUCAAUUUCCGAUCAUGUGGUCUACCUUCAAUGCUGUUAUCAUGGGUUUAUUCCUACAUUCUACUUCUUCAAUGGAUUCAAAAGUAUUCUGAAGACUUCAGCACACGAAGGGGAUGGGGAAUUGAAUGUUGCGUGUAGCGCUUUACCUUGUCUGAUGAGGUAGGCUUCUCAUUGGUUAGUGCGCUUUAGGCUCCCGCCCUCGUCUCUCCAGACUGCACCAUUCUCUGAUCCCUGGACUAUUUUGUAAUUUUAAUGAAUGAUGCGUCUCAGCUUAGCCCAAUAAUAAAGCACAGUCUAGAAUA